AUGCCUUUGCCGGCUCUACUACCAACCGCCAUCUCGAUCAAUCUAUAUAUAUUCCAUCAUAUAUACGAUCCUAACCAAUAUUCCACUGCCACAAUCGCUUCUUGGCUCCACUGUCAAUUGCCUUCUGGUGGAACUGCUAACUGGCUCCCUCGCUCAACUGCCACUGGUCAACGAGCUCAAUUACCAACGGGCUCCCUGACGGAACCGCCAAUUGGUAACUGGCCGGAUCGCCAAAUGUCUUACUGGUUUGACCGCCAACUGUCUUCCUGGCUCAACUGGCACUGUCAUCCUGGCUCAACCCCCAACUGUCAACUUCCUUGA